GUCAGAAAUUUGAUUACCACACAAAACUUCUUUUCUUCAUACCAUUACUGACAGGGGAUUUUACAUAAUGGCUGAUCAAAAGUUAUCGAAGGCUAAAGUAAUUUUUGUGUUGGGUGGACCAGGAAGUGGUAAAGGUACACAGUGUGCGAAAUUAGUUGAAAAAUUUCAUUUCAAUCAUUUAUCCAGUGGAGAUCUGUUACGUGAUGAAGCUAAGUCAGAUACGCCUAGAGGCAAAGAAUUAAGAACUAUAAUGGAGAAAGGAGAAUUAGUUUCUUUGGAUAUUGUUUUAGCUUUACUGAAAGAUGCUAUGAUUAAAUUGGUUGAUAAGAAUUGCUACUUCCUUAUUGACGGUUAUCCACGUGAAUUGGUUCAAGGCAGUCGAUUUGAAAAAGAGAUAACCCCUUGCUUAUGCGUCAUUAAUUUUGAUGUAAGCGAAGAUGUAAUGCGACAACGUCUAUUGAAACGUGGAGAAACAAGUGGACGUGCUGAUGAUAAUGAAGAAACAAUCUUAAAACGUUUUCAUACUUUCAAUCAAUUGACCAAACCUGUUAUUGAUCAUUAUAAGAAACAGAAUAAAGUGAUUACUAUUGAUGCAUCUGGUACAGUUGAAAAGAUCUUUGAAAAUGUUAUUCGUGAACUUCAAAAAUUCGGUGUCAAAUAGAAUCAUUCGCCUGUUAUUUUCUCCAUUAGAUAACUCAUUCAUCAUUAUAUCCUUCAUUGAUUAUCACAGCUAAAUAUCUUCAGAUAAUAGUGUUAUUGUUAUUUUUUAUUUAUUUAUUUAUUAUAAUAUAAUAAUAUUACCUAUAUUAGUCU